AUGUCUGCAAAUCUCAAGCACGAAGCUGCCAGCGAGGCAACCCCAUUCGCAUUCAUAUGGCGUCAACUCUUUCAAUCAAUCCCCUCUAUCCCAAACACCGUGGACCUAUCUGGCCAAGUCGCUCUGAUUACUGGAUCCAACGUUGGCCUUGGCUUUGAAAGCGCACGCCAACUUCUUGCACUUAACCUCUCACACAUGAUUCUUGCCGUUCGAUCUAAACCGCGAGGAGAUGCUGCAGCAAAGAAACUCCAGGCUGAAUUCCCCUUCGCGAAGAUCGAGGUAUCCGUCGUUGAUAUGUCGUCCUAUGACUCAAUUAUGGCUUUCGCAAAACGAUACGAGACAUUGCCAAGGUUAGAUAUCGCCAUCCUUAAUGCAGGUCUAAGCCAGCCCAACUAUGAACGCGCAGAGGAAACAGGUCACGAGAUUACCUUCCAGAUCAACUAUCUCUCGGCAGCUCUUCUUGCUCUCGUUCUCAUUCCUAUUCUCAGAGAGAAGCGUGGAACCACAUCACCAGCGCGUCUAAGUCUCGUUGGCUCCGACACAUCAUAUUAUGCAAACUGGAAGGGCACAGAUUCAAAGCCUAUUCUUGAAGUAAUGGACAACCCAGCCCAUUUCAACUCGUGGGAGGCCUACAAGACCACCAAGGUUUUGCUAGUUAUGUUCGCACACGAACUAAGUAAGCGCAUACCCUCAAAUGAAGUUAUUAUCAACGUAUCGAAUCCCGGCGCAUGCAGAGGAACACAGUUUGGACAUGCGGAGCGCUCAAUGAUGGAAGAAGCGGUGCUAUAUGUGGCAUCGCUGGUUCUUGGACGGACUGCCACUGUUGGUGCCCGGCAGUAUGUGGAUGCUGUGACGGUGCAGGGGGCCGAGAGCCAUGGUAGCUUUGUCAGCGAGGGCAAGAUUAAGGCAUUCCCACCGAUUAUGUAUGAGCAGCGUGGAGUAGCCCUUCAAAAUGCGUUGUGGAAUGAGACGAUGAGGGAGUUUGCUUUUGCAGACUGUGAAAAGUUCUUAGCCUAG